AUAGAUCCUCUUUGAAGUAUAAAGCGCAAUGGCUACAGUUGAAGGGAUUACAGUAGAGGAUCUCAAAACGGAGAUUGAAAGACUCUCAAGAGAAUUAGAUUUAGCAUCAACUGAAAAGAUACAAUCUGCCCAAUAUGGUCUUGCAUUACUUGAAGAAAAAUCGGCUCUACAACAAAAGUGCAAUGAUCUCGAGGCCCUCUAUGAAAACACGAAACAUGAGUUAGAAAUCGCACAAGAGGCCUUAACAAAAGUUCAAACAACUACUAUAUUGACUACAAAAAGUGGUAUUGAACAAGAGGAGAGUCUUUUAAGUGAAAGUGCAGCUAGAGAAACAUCUUUACAAUUACAAAUAUUAGAACUUGAAAAUGAAACUAAGCAGUUACGUCAUGAAUUAGAACGAGUACAAGCUGAGCGCGAUCACGCGCUUCAAGAAAGGGAAGAAAUAGGUAAAGAUCAUUUACAAGCGGAAACGGAAAGAAAAACAUUAAGAACGGAAUUGCGCGAAUGCAGAUUUCGUGAAGCUAGAUUACUUCAAGAUUGUACAGAAUUAGAAGAUGAAAAUAUCUCGUUACAAAAACAAGUGUCUGGCCUGCGUUCCAGUCAAGUUGAAUUUGAAGGUGCCAAACAUGAGAUUAGAAGAUUAACCGAGGAAGUCGAAGUUUUUCAUAGUCAAGUAGAAGAAUUAAUUACUUUAAGAAAGAUUGCGGAGAAACAAAUGGAAGAGGCAUUAGAAUCCUUACAAGCCGAACGUGAAGCUAAAUAUAUGCUUAAAAAAGAAUUAGAUCAACGAAUCAAUAGCGAAUCCAUUUAUAAUCUCAGUAAUCUUGCUCUUUCUAUUAGAGGAAUUACCGAAGAUCAAACUAUAUGUAGUGAUGGCGAAGAUGAUCCUCCCGCGUUACGCAGAAUCGAAGCAGAUUUGAAAACUCAAGAACCGGGAACUUCGGCAACCGAUAAACAAGUCGAUUUGUUCUCUGAAAUUCAUUUGAAUGAAUUAAAAAAAUUAGAAAAACAAUUGGAGCUUGCAGAAUCUGAAAAAGUUCAUCUAACCCAGAAUUUACGGGAAUCUCAAUAUGCCGUUGAAAAGAGCCAAGCAGAGUUAAUGACGUUUAUUGCACGUAUUAUGCAAUUGACGGCACAUGUGCAAUCAUUGCAACAUCUUCAUUCCAAAUUACCUAGCAAAGAAAAUGAAGAAGUUACAAUGGAAAAAUUAAAUCAGGCUAUUAUGCAAUAUCAUCAAUGGAGUACGAUGUCUGCCCGCGAAGUAGAUCAACUGCAAAAAGAUUUAAGCGAACUAGAGAAUGGUUUGACGGUAUCCGAUGCGACGCAACAAUUAAGAACAGAGUUAACAAAUCUGAGAAAUAAGAUCCCAGAAUCAGAGAAGAUGCUUCGAGAAAAGCUUUUAGAUACUGAACAAAGAAGCAUGCAGCUCGAAUCCGAUGUUGGUAUUCUCUCUAAACUUGCUAUAGAAGCUGGUGGUUUUCUUGAUUCGGCGCAAAAUGAUUUGCAAAAUAUUUCGGAUGAAUUGGUGCAGCUUUAUCAUCACGUUUGCGCCGUUAAUGGUGAAAUGCCUUCACGCGUUGUCCUCGAUCAUGAAAAAAUUGUUCCUGAAAAAGAAGAGGAAGAAGGAAAUGGUAAAAUUGAAUGGUGUAGAACUUUGUUCAAAACGGAUAUUAAAAUUAAGGAUCUAGAGAGUCUUAGCAAAGCGAAAGAAAUCGCCAAACAUAUAGAAACUGCUAUGGAUCAAAUAAAACAUUUGAGAAGCGCGGUAGAACAUACAAUAGAAUUAUCUAAGAUAAAGGGAGUCCAAUCGAACAUUUGUAAUGUUUGUGAAGCAUCUGUAAAUGAAAAUAAGGCUGAAGUGGCAGAUUUGCAAGAACAAGUUAUCAAAUUAAAGGCGAUGUUAUCUGCCAAACGUGAACAAAUAGCAACACUAAGAACAGUACUGAAGUCGAAUAAAAAUACGGCAGAAGUGGCAUUAACUAAUUUAAAGAGUAAAUAUGAAAAUGAGAAAAGUAUCGUUAACGAAACUAUGCUGAAACUACGAAACGAACUUAGAAUGUUAAAAGAAAAUGCGGCUACAUUUUCAAGUUUACGUGCAAUGUUUGCUGCACGUUGCGAAGAAUAUGUCACUCAAGUGGACGAAUUGCAACGUCAGCUGACCAUAGCAGAAGACGAUAGGAAGACCUUGAAUCAGCUUUUACGUUUGGCGGUGCAACAAAAGCUUGGUCUUACCAUGAAGCUGGAGGAAUUAGAAGUGGAUAGAGAACUACGAAAUACCAGAAGACAUGCUACUGGUGCUAAUGGACGAGGUAGAGCGCGAUUAUUGCAACAGACAAACCGUCCGCAUUUAAGCAGAGAUUUCUUUUAGAAAAUGAUGAAGAUGUGGAGCAAGAUAUUUUGAGAAAAUUACGAACAUUCUGAACAACUUUGAAAAUUUUGACUAGUUUUAUUUACAAGUUUUUCUUAAAAUAGUAAAAAAACAAAGCGAAUUAAAACUUUUUGCAGUAAAGUUUUUAGUGAGUAAAUAAUUUACAUCAAAUUAUAACUCAUUAAUAUCUCUACUUAUCAAAGAUAUAUUCGUAUAGUACGUAUUAAUUAUAUCAUAUUAUUUCUUAUUACUUUCUUAAAAACAUUCUUGUUCCAUGUCACGCGUAAGUAUUUUUACAUAGACGACCGUGGGCAGGAAUUAAUUAUUAAUGAAACUGGUGACGCCGUCCUCAUUAUGAGAAUGAGUUUUAAAUGCAUUCAGACAUGGAAUGAUAGAGACUUAUUAAACAUUUUUAUGAUGCUCUUUUCGUCUAUCAAUUUAUCAGACUUUUGCCGUACAUUAUCUAUAUUUUUAUUAAUGAAAUCUAUACGAGGAACAGAUGAAACAUUCAAUCAUAAUAAGGUGAGAAUUUUAAAUGACUAGUCCACAAGAUGCGUGGAGGCUUAUAGAUUUUAUCUCUUAUGCUUGAAAUAUUUUUUAAAGAAACUUAUUUGUCAAUUUAAACGUUAUUUUAUUUAUAUCAUUGAUUAUAUCUACCUAAAGUUAAUUUUUAUUUAAAAAAAAAUGGAAUUAUGCCUUGAUAAUGAGUUCUGUCACCUGUGGGUCGUCAAAGUCAUAGUUUUUGCAUCCUUUGUGGACACGUAAAUCGUAUCGAUCACAUAAGUGAAUGUAUAAACUAUACUUUAUACUACACAUGAUUGCAUCGCUUUCUACUUCAUUAAUAAACUUGCAUUAUGCAACAUAUAUAAUAUUUCAGACGCAAAAAUGAUAGCAUUGCAUAUCACAGAAAAACGGUGUUA